AUGAUGACGUUUUUGUUUUCUAUUUCAAGUCGGCAUUCAUGGAGCAAUACUAAAUUUCUCUCACUAAAGGGAGAUUCGAGUCGAAUCCUAGAAAACCUACAAACUCCAAUCAUCUUCUAUACUAAACCAAGAAUGAAAUUACUAUCAGAAGUUUUCUUGAGUGUUUCUGCAUUUCAAAUGGAAGUAUUUUGGAAAGGAGUUAGCAAAUCGGAAGACAGAACAUUACGCUGUACUUGUGUGUAUUACCUUAACAAGAUUGUCUCAAUUGUUGGUGUGAAUGCAUUACUGAUGUCAUUGCUACCAACUGCUGCUUAA